CAAAUGCGUGUGUCUUACGGCCAAUGCGCGAGAGUUGGCAGCUCUGACUGUUUUGUCCCAGCAAUCACUCUGUUAAACAAACUGUAGAAUUGCUUGCAAACAAUGCACAAGCACCUUGGUGUAGAAUUUCUGCAUAUAACUGCACAAGUCAAUGUGUAGCUCCAGCUGCAACUAGUAAAACAAAAGCGGAGCGGAGAUUCCAGGAAACACGCUGGGCAAUCAGAGCAGACUGGGCUUUCUCGGGAGGGGGGUGAAUACAGGAGCCGCAGUCAUGGGCAGUAUGAGUUGCUAUGGUUUCUGGUGCUGCCCUUGCCUUGCCUGCACAGUUUCAGGAAGAUUUGGAGAGAACCGUUGUCUCCCAUUAUGUGACAUAUGCAGCCCUGCCAUAUUAGCAGCCUUGGGGAUACCUCUGUGUGCGGCGCCUCCUGCAGGCCUGUCCUUAAGGGCUGCCAUGCGAAAUAGAUAUGGUAUCAAGGGUUCUCUCUGUAAGGACAUCGCAGUUUCCUGUUUCUGCGGGUGGUGCAACUGGUGUCAGAUGCAUCGUGAGUUAAGACAUCGCGAAAAAACUCCCAUGGUUGUCAAUGUUACAAACGUGAACGUGCAGCAGCCUGCUCCAAUGAUGAUGACUCCUGUAUACCAGUAUCAGUGAAAACCAAAGAUUGAGAGUAUGAUGAAGAAUAACUUUCAGUUUCUUAAUAAUCAUGACAAUUAGAGUGUAAUAAUUGUUGACUAUCACGUCAAAUUAUUUUCUGAAGUUUCUGUUUAAAAAAAUCUAAUUUACUGUAUCUAUUCUAAACCUCUCUUAUUUUGUUUCUGUGAAGUUUUAUUUAGAGAUCUUAUUUGUUUUAUUUUAUUUUGAUAUUUAGAAGCAGAAAUAUAUGACAAUGGAGAUCAUUCAUAUCAUUUGUGUUUAAAUCACUGGUUGCUUGCUUAACAAGGAAACACCAAGAGCUGACAGCAGGAAAAUAUUUUUUAAAGUAAUUUGCAUAGUUCUUAAUGUGCAGGUUAAAAUGUCAGUUACUAUGUAAAUUACAGAAAAAUGAUUAAUACCUGUCACCUAAUCAAAAUCUAAGAAUUAUUGGUGACAUGAAUAAAAAAGAAAACACACUAUUGCUCUCAAAAAAAAUCCUAGUAUAGCAUUUCAU